AUGUCAGCAAAAGCAAUUCGUGAAGCAACUGGAAAGGACCUUAUUAAUCGUGAACUUCCUUCUGGUACAAACGCAGUAAAAUGUCGGUUUGUGACUAUUACAGAAGAAACAAAUUGGACAGAUGUUGUAAAUGAGCAUCCAUGGCUUCAAAGAGAAAGAUUAGUUGUGAAACCUGAUCAGUUGAUAAAACGGCGAGGAAAACUUGGUUUAAUUAAAGUGAAUGCCGAUUUAGCUGCAGUGAAACAAUGGAUUGCAGAAAGAAUGAAUAAAGAGCAGAAAGUAGGGAGAACAAGUGGAAAAUUGAGAACAUUUAUCAUUGAGCCUUUUGUUCCUCAUAAACAAGAAGAAGAAGCUUAUGUUUGUAUCUUCUCCAGCCGAAAAGCAGAUACUAUCUUAUUCCACCACGAAGGUGGUGUUGACAUUGGAGAUGUUGAUUCCAAAGCUUUAAAAUUAAAUAUUUCUGUUGGAGAAGAAGCCCCAGAUCGGUCUACAAUAAUUGAAAAAUUGUUAAUAAAUGUAACCAAUGAUAAAAAAGAAGUGAUUGGCAAAUUUGUAGAAUCUCUAUAUAAACUUUAUGUUAACUUAUAUUUCACUUACUUAGAGAUCAAUCCUUUGGUGGUAACAGAAAAUGGAAUAUAUAUACUUGAUCUUGCUGCGAAAUUGGACACAACUGCAGAUUUCAUAUGUAGACCAGCCUGGGGAGAGAUUGACUAUCCACCACCAUUUGGCAGGGACGCUUAUCCAGAAGAGGCUUACAUCGCUGAUUUAGACGCUAAAUCUGGAGCUAGCUUGAAAUUGACUAUUCUCAACCCAGCUGGUCGGAUAUGGACAAUGGUUGCUGGCGGUGGUGCAUCCGUGAUAUAUUCGGACACAAUUUGCGACUUGGGUGCUGUGAAUGAGUUAGCUAAUUAUGGGGAGUACUCGGGUGCACCUAGUGAACAACAAACUUAUGAGUAUGCAAAAACCAUCCUAAGUUUGAUGACGAAAGAAAAACGAAAAGAGGGAAAAGUAUUGAUCAUUGGAGGCGGUAUCGCUAAUUUUACAAAUGUAGCUGCAACUUUUAAGGGUAUUGUAAAAGCACUACAGGAAUACCAGCCUAAACUUGUGGAUCAUAAUGUACAGAUAUUUGUAAGAAGAGCAGGACCGAAUUAUCAAGAAGGUUUAAGAAUUAUACGUGAAGUUGGUAGAAGGCUCAGUAUUCCUGUUUAUGUAUUUGGUCCAGAAACUCAUAUGACAGCUAUAUGCGCGAUGGCCUUAGGUAAAAAACCAAUUCCAGAUCCUGAAGCUCAAGAAUUUUCAACUGCAAAUUUUUUGCUACCUUCGGGACAAGAUAUGGGUCCUUCAGCUCCCUCUAAAAGUACUUCUUCUUCACCUACCAAACAAUCCAGAUUAAAAACAAGUGACUCUGUUGAUGGAUCGACACAUAAACAGCUUUUCAGUAGUAAAACCAGAGCCAUAAUCUGGGGAAUGCAAACUAGAGCUGUUCAGAGUAUGCUAGAUUUUGACUUCGUAUGUCGUCGAUCCGAACCAUCCGUUGCUGCUAUCGUAUAUCCUUUCACGGGUGAUCACAAACAAAAAUUUUAUUGGGGUCAUAAAGAGGUACUCAUUCCGGUCUAUAAACAAAUGAGAGAUGCUAUGACUAAACAUACAGAUGCAGAUGUUAUGGUCACAUUUGCAUCUUUAAGAUCUGCAUACGAAAGUGCAGUGGAAACCAUGCAAUUUCCUCAAAUCCGAACAAUUGCUAUUAUUGCUGAAGGAAUACCUGAGAAUAUGACGAGAAAAUUAAUUUUAUUAGCGCAGCAAAAAGGUGUUACAAUUAUUGGUCCAGCUACUGUCGGAGGUGUUAAACCUGGUUGUUUUAAGAUCGGUAAUACCGGUGGAAUGAUGGAUAAUAUUCUUCACAGCAAACUUUAUAGACCUGGCAGUGUUGCAUAUGUAUCCCGCUCUGGUGGCAUGUCUAACGAAUUAAAUAAUAUAAUUUCCAAAGCUUCCAAUGGAGUAUUGGAAGGGGUUGCAAUUGGUGGAGAUCGUUAUCCAGGAACAACAUUUAUGGAUCAUAUUAUGCGGUAUCAAGAAAAUCCUGAAGUAAAACUUAUAGUUCUUCUUGGUGAGGUUGGUGGAGUAGAAGAGUAUGAUGUUUGUGAAGCACUAAAGACCAAAAAAAUUACAAAACCAUUAAUUGCUUGGUGCAUUGGUACCUGUGCCAGCAUGUAUAAUUCUGAAGUACAAUUUGGUCAUGCUGGAUCUAUUGCUCAUAGUGACUUAGAAACAGCUGCUGCUAAAAAUGCUGCACUAAAAAAAGCUGGUGCUUAUGUUCCUGACAGUUUUGAUAGCUUAGGUGACCUAAUGCAAACUGUUUAUAGCAACCUUGUGAAAGAGGGAGCAAUAGUGCCCGCACCGGAAGUUCCACCUCCAACUGUUCCCAUGGAUUAUAAUUGGGCUAGGGAACUUGGCCUAAUACGAAAACCAGCAUCAUUUAUGACGUCGAUAUGCGAUGAACGUGGUCAAGAAUUGUUAUAUGCUGGAAUGCCUGUAACUGAAGUUCUGAAACAGAAUGUAGGAAUUGGUGGUGUAGUUUCAUUAUUAUGGUUUCAACGGUGCUUACCACUAGUGUAUUGUAAAUUCCUUGAAAUGUCUUUAAUGUUGACGGCCGAUCACGGCCCUGCUGUAUCAGGAGCACACAAUACUAUUGUUUGUGCAAGAGCUGGGAAAGAUUUAGUUAGUUCCCUUGUAUCUGGACUUCUAACUAUUGGUGACCGUUUUGGUGGAGCAUUGGACGGUGCGGCUCGUAUGUUUUCUGAAGCGUAUGAUGCUGGAUUACAUCCACAAGAGUUUGUAAAUAAUACACGUAAAAAGGGCAAACUCAUCAUGGGUAUUGGUCAUCGUAUAAAAUCCAUAAAUAAUCCGGAUAUGCGGGUGAAACUCAUCAAAGAAUAUGUAAUAGAGAAUUUCCCUGCCAGUCCAUUAGUAGAAUAUGCAUUAGAAGUUGAGAAAAUAACUACAAGUAAGAAGCCUAAUUUAAUCUUGAACGUAGAUGGUAUAAUUGCCUGUGCCUUUGUUGAUAUGUUGAGGAAUAGUGGAAGUUUCAUUAGAGAAGAAGCACAGGAAUACAUCGAAAUUGGCGCUAUAAAUAGUUUAUUUGUUCUUGGUAGGAGUAUAGGUUUUAUUGGUCAUUACAUGGAUCAGAAAAGGUUGAAACAAGGUUUAUAUCGACAUCCUUGGGAUGAUAUUUCUUAUGUAUUGCCAGAGCAAUAUAAUUAAAUUCAUCUUCUAAUACAUAGUACAUCGUGAAUGCAUAAUAAAUGUUACGUCUUCAUUUAAAAAGUUUAGGUAGUUUUUAUGGUUAUGUCAUACGUGUGUUGCUCAUAGUUGUAAGAAACAUAUUAGUUAUUAGAAAAAAUAUCGCGUAUGUUUGAUUUGAUAUUAAAUGUUAUAUCAGUACAUAAUUGAAAAUUCUUAUAUGAUAAAUUAGUUUUUUUUUGUCGCUGGUCGAAGUUCUAUUGGAUAAAAAUACGAUUGUAAGGAUAAGUUAGCAGCAACUAACAUUUAGGUAAAUAUGCGAAAUAGUAAAAAUUAUUCUUACAAUUAAACAUUCCAUAAAGCAUUUGUAAUAUGGUCAGGAAACGGGAUAUAAAUCGGAAAUAUUUUAUAAUGACAGAUUAAUCUGCAAUAUACUAAUACAUUAUUUUUAUAGUUAUAAUUCAUGCAAAGUUGCACAAAAUACAGUUUUUUCUGGUUUAUGAAAGUAUCAUUAUUACUUUAUUUAGGAAACUUUCU